UGGGUCAUCGCGCUUUGGAAUUUCCUCUCUUGUUCGAAGCAGAGAACAAGUGUGUCUAGGGAAAAAGAGCUUGAGGUAAACAAAGACGAAGAGAAGGGGAAAUGUCCGUGAAGAGCCGGGGGGGAACCGUAGAACUGGGCAUGAGGAAUGUCAUACCUAGGAAAUGGGCUCUUUUACUUUGUCUGGGAAGCUUCUGUGCCGGAAUGUUCUUCACUAAUUGGAUGUGGUCAAUGCCUGAACAUCAAGAAACUGCAAGGACAUCUGAUGAGGUUGAACAGAUGAGAUUAAACUCUGAGGGUUGUAAUAUGAAUCUUGUUGUAAAGCCUCACGCCAAUCACAGUCAAGUUGAUGUUUCAAAUACAGAACGUGUUAUCAAGAACCCGGGAAACUCAAACACUAUUGAUUCAACUCCAAGAAGAAGAUAUUUGAUGGUUAUAGGGAUCAAUACAGCUUUUAGUAGCAGGAAGCGGAGAGAUUCUGUUCGUGAAACGUGGAUGCCACAAGCUGAUAGAAGAAAGAAGAUGGAGGAGAAGGGCAUAAUUAUACGUUUUGUCAUAGGUCACAGUUCCACAUCUGGUGGCAUUCUUGAUAAAGCUAUUGAAGCCGAGGAGAAGCUCCAUGGCGACUUCUUGAGGCUGGACCAUGUCGAGGGCUAUCUGGAAUUGUCAGGAAAGACAAAGACUUACUUUUCAACUGCUGUUGCCUUGUGGGAUGCGGAGUUUUAUGUCAAAGUUGAUGAUGAUGUCCACGUGAACUUAGCAACCCUUGGAUUGACUCUGGCUAGGCACCGCAUGAAACCUUGGGUGUAUAUUGGGUGUAUGAAAUCUGGUCCUGUCCUUGCUCAGAAGGGAGUGAGGUACUAUGAACCAGAAUACUGGAAGUUCGGUGAGGUUGGAAACAAGUACUUUCGUCACGCUACAGGACAGUUAUAUGCCAUUUCCAAUGAUUUGGCCACUUAUAUAUCAAAAAAUCGGGAUGUGCUGCAUAAAUUUGCCAAUGAAGACGUUUCAUUGGGAUCUUGGUUUAUCGGUUUAGAUGUGGAUCAUAUUGAUGAUAGGAGACUGUGCUGUGGCACCCCCCCUGAUUGCGAGUGGAAGGCUCAGGCAGGAAACAUAUGUGUUGCAUCAUUUGAUUGGAGAUGCAGCGGAAUCUGCAGGUCUGUUGAGAGGAUGAUGGAAGUUCACCGGCGUUGCGGGGAAGACGAAAAUGCUUUAUGGAGUUCAACCUUCUGACAGAAAAACUCAAAAAAUCUAGACCUGCCUUCUAAACUCAAGAAGAAGUGUUGCUAUAAACAUGAAAGAAAGCAUAACAUGAGUCUUUAAAGCAGUUGGUACAGACAGAGAUUGAAAUAGGCCUGCUGCUUGGGAUCUGAUCUACAUUUUGAGAAAGAAGAUGACCCUUUUGAACGGUGCGGCCAAAGAGAAUGAAGAAAAAGAAGAAAGAGUUUAGUCACAACCCCAUUCUUUUGAAGUGGCUAGAGAGGGCUUUAUAUUCCGUAGUUCUCGGCCAUGGCUAAAGUGCUUCCUAAUAAUUAGUUUUGAUUAUGUUCAUUGUCUUUCUCUUUCCUUUGCUUCAAACUUAAUAUAACUUGAAUUUGUUUCAUAUGUUGUCUGUUUGUUCACUCAUUAUCACUAUCUCUUUCUACGUCAAAGGCUGUACCAUAUAGAAAAGAACAGAUUGGCUCUGUUCACUUUGUGCAA